AUGCACUUGUCAGGGAAGCAGUUCUCUUUUACCGAUGAUCCCAAAGGUGUCAACGUUCCCCACGUUACUCUUCACAUCAACACGGACUCCAUCCCAAAGAUGACCGUCUGCCUCCGGUUCUUCUCUCAGCUGCAGAGGACGCAGGGACUCUUUUCUUUGGCCACCAGAGACCACCAAAACGCUGUGAUGCUGAUGAAGUACGAUAAGGGAACAUACAAGGUCCACGUUGGCAGCCAUACGUACGACUUCCAGGAUCUACCGACCCACCUGCUGGACUGGAACUCGGUCUGCUGGACCUGGGACUCCGGUACCGGGCUGACCCAGCUGUGGCUGAACGGACUGCGUACCUCCCAGAAGCUGCUGGGACUGAACUACAGCGUGAGCGGGGACAUGAGCGUCAUCGUUGGUCAGGAGCAAGAUGAAUUUCAAGGUGGUUACAAGCAGGAUGACUCGUUUGAAGGAGACAUCACAGACCUUCACAUGUGGAGCCACAUCGUGUCUGCGUGUGACCUCCGGACCUACAUGAACCAGGGCUCCAUCGAUCCGGGGAACCUUCUCAACUGGAACAACCUGAGCUAUAAGAUCUCAGGGAACGUCUACAUCCAGGACAGCGACUUUAAAGAACCCGUCUGUUGAAGUUCAGAGUGGACUCAAACGGUUUUCACUCAUUUUUACUUUCUUACUUGAUUUCAGUCA